AUGGAUGAAUAUUUUAAAUGGUACUGGUUCUGGUCGUGGUUCAUUGUCGUUAUCCAAUAUUCUUCACGUAUGUUAUGUACCUAUUCUGAUGUUCCUUCUGACACUGUGGUUGAACCUUACAAUGCUGUUUUGACUGUUCAUCAAUUGGUUGAAAAUUGUGACGCUACCUUCUGUAUUGAUAAUGAAGCUCUUUAUGAUAUCUGUUUCCGUACUCUUAAACUAUCUAACACUGGUUAUGGUGUUUGCACUUCUUUACGUUUCCCUGGUCAAUUGAACUCUGAUUGA